AUGGGGGAUCGCCAUACCUUAGCGCAGAAGCUCCUCAAUGGAUAUCAUUCCAAGGUAAUGGAGCUUCUGAUAGAUUACCUCCAAGAUGAGAAGAUCUGCGAAAGGACCGAGCGAACCAUGUACAAUCGUGGCUUUGGUGGCAAACAGAAGCGCGUCAAUGAGUCGGUAAACGUGCCUGGCUCACAGAGAUCAGUCAACGUGAGCGCCGCAGUGGAUCUGACAUGGCGUCGACCCGGCGAGUUGACGACAGAUGAGGCCAGAUUCUACGUUGUGCCAAAAGCUCUGCUGGACAGCGAUGUGGCUCUCGCGGCUGACGAGUCCAUGGAGCACCAGUUUCCAUCAGACGUCCAAGAAGCAGCUUCACCGCAGGGCCGCUACCAACCAGGCUUCGUCACCGUCGACGAGUCCGACCCAGCGAUUCCUCCGCGAGCGCCGACUGCGCCGAUGUAUUCGUACCAACCCUCGUUUAUGCAACCACAACCUGAAGUUCAAAGGACAUACGAUCGCAUGAGUGCCAUGCAGGAAGCACAGCGCAUACGAGGACACGAACCACCCGCUCACAGCGCACAAACAGCACCCGCCAUUCUCGGUCGACCAAACCACGCAACGUUGCCCAUUGCAAGUCAGGCGGCUACAAGCGGACAGCUCCAAGUGAGGGGCUUCUGGGGCACAACGCCAAUCAGCAUCUCGUUCAACCCCGAGGAAUCGGGAGAGCAGUUCUUCCAAGCCUUCCUCCGGUGGGCCAAGCGGCGCGGCCGCGGUAGCGAGGUGGACCGAAGCAGAAUGAUGCUCUGGCUAAAGGCAAACAAGGAUAUGUCGGACGACGCAGCCCAAGAUGUCAGCCUUGACCUCGACGAGUUGGAAAACCUUUGGGACACAACGGUCGCAUGGAUCCACGAGAACAAAAGUGCCAAAGCACCGCAUCUCUAUGCGACGGUACAAAUGAUCGAAAUGGAAGACGGAUGA